AUGGGCAUCCUUGAUGUUAGCGUGUCUCCAAUUGAUGGGGAGAGUCCAACAGAAGCGAUGAUCCGAGUCGAACACGAAGUCGACAGGCAAAACAAGUGUAUCAUCGAAAAUAGCACCUUCCAGAAGUGGCAGCAAGAUCUUAGCACUCGACUACUCUGGAUCAAGGGCGAUCCUGGUAAAGGCAAGACGAUGCUGAUGUGCGGCAUAAUUGACGAGGUGCAGAAGACUACAAGACACAACAACACAGUCGCGUACUUCUUCUGUCAAGCCACCGACAUGCGUAUCAAUAAUGCCGUAGCGGUAUUGCGGGGCUUGUUGUAUAUGCUCGUGAUUCAGAAUUCGUUACUCACUUCGCAUAUUCGAAAACGGUACGACCAAGUUGGCAAGAAGCUAUUCGAGGACGCGAAUGCUUGGGUAGCCUUGCCACAAAUUUUGUGGACAUGGUGCGCGACAAAGACUUGA